AUGAAAAAGUUAUAGAUUACAAUUUUAAUUCUUCUUUUAGUUGGUUCAAUUCAAGUUUAGGCAGAGCUUUAGUUUGUAAUUGAAAUUUAUCGCCAUGGAGCUAGAGGUCCUCUAGGUGAUUGGUACGAUGCAAGGGAGUAGAAAUAUACUUACGGUGAAUUAACUGCUACUGGAUAGCGUUAACAUUAUAAUUUAGGAGCUUAAUUGAGAAAAGAAUAUAGCGGAUUUCUUCCAGAUAGCUAUAAUCACACCCAAAUUUAUGUAAGAUCUACUGAUUACAAUAGAACACUAAUGAGCGCAGCAUCACAAUUAUAAGGAAUGUUCCCUGCUGGCACAGGAGAUGUUCUUCCAGAUAAUUUGGCAGAGCAAUAUACUUUACCUGCUUUUGCUAAUGCCUAAAAUUAUUUAAAAAGUAAUUACUCUCUCCCAAACAAUAUUCAAGUAUUGCCCAUUCAUACACAGCCAAGAGUUGGUGAUAAAGUCCUCUCACCUGAGUCUAACUGCAAAAAUUAUAAAUAAAUAAUUAGUGAAUUUUACAAAGAGAAACAAUCAACAGUUGAUUUUAUUAAUAAGUAAUUUGAAUAAACAUAUUAACAAUACUCAAAAGCAAUCUACCAAGAGGUUAAAAAUUUUGACAAUUAGCACUAUCUAGAAUCCGUUUUUGAGUGCGAUAGAGCAAACGGUAGAUAUGUUCCUGAUUUCACUUAAGAACUAAAAGAUAACUCAACUUAUUUGACUUCCCUUUCUUGGAAUUUCUUGUUUAAUUAACCAGAUUUGCUUCGUGCUUUAAAUUAACCUUUUUUUAGUUCGUUUUUAGAAUAUACUGAUCCAGUAGUAAAAAAUAAUAAUACUUCAGGUCUGAAAUGGGUGAUGUUUAGUGCUCAUGAUACCAAUAUUCAAUUAAUCAGUGCAGCUCUUAAUUUUACAAGCAUUGAUUGUUUACUAGCCUUAAGAUUCGAAGAAUAUAGAAAAAAAGAUCAGGUGUUUUAUAAUUGUGAAUAUUACCCUCAUUUCACUUCAAAUAUUAUUUUUGAAUUACAUUUAUCAGAUAAACCAACAGAAGAAAAUGGAGUCAAAAUAUAAUAAAAUUAGUAUUACUUAAAAAUUAGAAGAGAUGGCAAAUUUAUGAAGUUAUGUGAUAAGAACUCAACUAUUUGCUCUUAUAGUGAGUUUAAUUAAAGAAUUUAGCAGUUCAUGCUAAAUUUUGAUACAGUUUGCUAAAAUGUAGAAUAAAAAAAUCAAGAGACCACUUAAAAAGCUGAAGAUUAUUCAACAUAUUAUAUCGUUGGCUUAAUUUUAUAAUCAAUAAUAAUAGCUGGUUGUGCUUUUUACAUCUUCUAGCUUCUUUAGAAAUAAAAAUCUUUGCUAAAUUUUGAAUAAUUUAAAGACAUAGAAGCAGCAGAAAUCAGAAAUUCUUAAUGA